CUAUCGGUAUUGCAAAAACAAGCCAUAUCCGAAGUCCCGGUUCUGUCGGGGGGUCCCUGAUCCAAAGAUUCGAAUUUAUGAUCUCGGUCGGAAGAAAGCUGACGUACAGGAAUUCCCACUUUGUGUGCAUCUAAUAUCCGACGAGUAUGAGCAACUUUCCAGCGAGGCUUUGGAGGCUGCGCGUAUCUGUGCGAAUAAGUAUCUACUGAAGCACUGUGGGAAAGAGAACUUUCACGGGCGUGUGCGUGUGCAUCCCUUCCACGUCAUUCGCAUAAACAAGAUGUUGUCAUGCGCUGGCGCUGAUCGUUUGCAGACCGGUAUGAGAGGUGCCUAUGGAAAGCCGCAGGGCACUGUUGCUCGUGUAGACAUUGGACAAGUCAUCAUGUCAGUCCGCGCGCGAGAUCAACACCAGGCGCAGGUGAUGGAAGCCCUGAGACGCGCUAAGAUGAAGUUUCCAGGUCGCCAGAAGAUCGCAGUGUCCCGCAACUGGGGCUUCACGAAAUGGCCCCGUGUUGGCUUUCAGGAGAUGAUGCAGAAGGGCCAUCUCGUUUCUGAUGGUGUUUGUGCCAAGUACCAACCUGAACAUGGCCCACUCGAACGAUGGAAGCGCACUCAGGCCCGGCUUGCUGGUGGCAGAGUUUACACUGCAACGGUGGAAUCCAUACUGCUUUAUGGAUCAGAGGUGUUGGGUCUAUGCUCAGAGGACGUACGAUA